GGCAUACGGUACUGACGUGUGUUCCGUGUUCUUGUCAAACUUAUUCGUAACUACUAACUACGAGUAUACAAUUAUUAAUUUAUUGAAAAUCUAGUUAAGGGAUUAAGUGUUUAUAUUGAAUGUCAACAACAACUAUAAGUGAAUACUUAUUUGUACGAAUCGGUGCGUGUUUAUUUUCUGUGCAUCGUGUUUGGUUCAACGGACUGAGGGCUAGAUAAUGUUCUAAGUGAAAUAAGCAGUGAAAGGUGAAAAGUACAAUGUAUAGAAUAGUGAGGUAUAAUUUUCGGACUAUUGGAGCUCUCGCCCUCACUGUUCGAUGGUUAGCUGUGCUCCUCGUGUGUGUGGAGUGGGUUCAAUCCCAGCUCCUAAAACCAAACUCGGAUGUCGAUAGCUCAUAUAAUUUCUACUUUGAGCAACCAUGCUGUACUGGGCCUGUGACUAAGAGUAAAUAUCACGCGAGACACCGAAGAGAUCAUGUUCGGGAAUUCUCCUGUGGGAACCUCUACUAUAGGACAUUCUUCAUGGAUUCGAAACGCGACGCGCUCUACGUUGGAGCUAUGGAUCGUCUGUUUCGACUUAACAUGAACAACGUAACCGCUACACAUUGUGAUAGAGAUUCAAUAAACUUAGAACCGAGCAACGUUGCACAGUGUGUGUCCAAAGGAAAGUCUGAGCAUUUCGACUGCCGUAAUCAUAUUCGAGUUAUCCAGCCGAUGGGAGAUGGAUCCAGGCUUUAUGUAUGCGGAACGAACGCUCACAGUCCCAAAGAUUGGGUUCUUUAUUCGAAUCUGACGCACCUGCCUCGUCACGAAUACGUGCCUGGAAUCGGGAUGGGUGUCGCAAAGUGUCCGUACGAUCCCGCAGACAACUCGACAGCUCUGUGGGUGGAGAGGGGCAAUCCUGGCUCGCUUCCCGCAUUGUACUCGGGAACUAAUGCGGAAUUCACAAAGGCUGACACGGUCAUAUUCAGGACUGACCUGCACAACUUGACGACCGGACGCCGGGAGUUUUCGUUCAAGAGGACACUGAAGUACGACUCCAAAUGGCUGGAUAAACCAAACUUCGUUGGAUCAUUCGAUGUUGGGGAGUACGUGCUAUUCUUCUUCCGGGAGACAGCAGUUGAAUACAUUAACUGUGGCAAGGCAGUGUACUCCAGGGUGGCAAGAGUUUGCAAACGGGACACAGGUGGCAAGAAUAUCCUGAGCCAAAACUGGGCUACUUAUCUCAAAGCCAGACUCAACUGUAGUAUUCCAGGGGAAUUUCCGUUCUACUUUAAUGAAAUCCAGAGUAUCUACAAAGUACCAGGCGAUGACAGCCGGUUCUACGGAGUGUUUACAACAGCGUCGACCGGCCUGAUGGGGUCCGCCAUAUGUACGUUCACGAUCGGAGACAUCCAGAAGGCUUUCGAAGGCAAGUUCAAGGAGCAGGCUACAUCCAGCUCUGCUUGGCUGCCAGUCAUCAGUAGCAAAGUCCCGGAACCAAAGCCCGGGACUUGUGUGAACGACACAUCAUCUCUGCCAGAUACAGUUCUAAACUUCAUAAGGUCCCACCCAUUGAUGGAUAGCGCUGUAUCCCACGAGCACGAGAAGCCAAUCUACUACAAACGGGACCUGUUCUUCACGAGGCUGGUGGUAGACCGGGUCAAGGUGGACAUGACGGGUCACCAGCUAGAUUACACCGUGUACUACGCCGGCACAAAUGAAGGGAAAAUUCAUAAAAUCGUUCAGUGGACCCGGAAUGGCGACAGCCAGUCAGCUUUACUUGACAUUUUCGACGUGACUCCGGGCGAACCUAUUCAGGCGAUGGCUCUGUCUCGUGUUCACGGCUCGCUGUAUGCGGCUUCCGACAAACGCGUGCUACAGCUACGGCUGGCGUUGUGUGCUAGACGCUACGAUGCGUGCGUGCGCUGCGCCCGGGACCCAUACUGCGGCUGGGAUAGAGAGGCUGCCGUAUGUAGAGAAUAUAUGCCUGGGCUAAUUCAAGAUGUAGCAAAUGAGACAGCUGACAUCUGCGACUCGUCAAUAUCCCGCAAGAGUGUGUCAGCUACAUGGGGACAGAGUCUCCAUCUCGGUAGCUUUGUGAAGAUGCCGGAAGUUCUGCAACCGAGGGCCGUCUCUUGGUAUCACUACUCGAGGGACAAAGGACGACAUCCAAUCACAUUUAAUAAACCGGAGAAAUACAUUGAGACUUCCGAGCACGGCCUGCUCAUCAUCUCGGUGGGAGAGUCGGACGCCGGUCGCUAUGACUGCUGGCUUGGCGGCUCUCUGCUGUGCUCUUACAACAUCACCGUGGAUACCCACAGGUGUACGCCGCCAGAGAAGAGUAACGAAUAUCAAAAGAUAUACUCGAACUGGUGCCAUGAAUUUGAAAAAUAUAAAACUGCGAUGAAAACAUGGGAGAGGAAACAAGAGCAAUGCGCUCGUCAAAAUGACUCAAAUCAGAAUACGCAUCCGAACGAGAUCGUGUGAUAGCUCCUAAACAUCGCCUAUCUCAUGUACCAGUCCGUCGCUUACGUGGGCUCCAUACCCAUUCCCUACGUAACUUCCGGUCUAAAACAACUCAAUCUGCUUUCAUAAACCUAUAUAUUACAGUAAGAUGCCAAGAAUGGUAAAAAUACAAUGUAAUUAAAAUAAGAAUUGCGUCCAUUUUACACAGACUUCACUUGAGUACUUUUAGUACGGUCGGCAAAACAGAUGUGGUUUUGUUAUUUGUGUCCAAAAUGUGUGUAGUCGUUUCUUUCACCUGUUUCACUAGUUUUAAAUUUUUUUUUUAUUAUUAUUUUUUUCAUAUUACUACAUUGUGUGAUUAUAUAUUCCGCGUUUAUAUAAUCUCACAAUUAAGACAGUCUUUUUAUGUAGAUAUACACUAAAUAGUUAUUAGCAUCAUGAGUCUUAUACUACAUCGUUACGACUAUUUUAGUUUAGAUUUAGAAAAGAUUUGCCAAUUAUCGCCCAAUUAGGAUUCCUAAUCGUGGCUUUAAAUAAUAAGUUAAUUCAAUGAAAAAAAAAUAGAAUUGAAUUACAAUUAAUUUUUAAAAUAAUGUCAUCUGAUAAAAAAUAUUUUAUAACUUUUUUGCAAACUGUAGCUAACACAAGUGAAGUUGAAUAUAUUAUGACGUC